AUGCCCCCAAAACACUAUCACUCACAUACACAACCCAGGGUGUUGGUGCCUAAUUGUGAAAUAUGUGGCGAUAAGGGAGUGGGCAGAAAUUUUGGUGCAAUAAGUUGCGAGUCGUGUAAAACCUUUUUCAGGAGGAAUUCCCUAAAAUUAAAGGAAUUUAAAUGUAAAUAUGAUGAUGAGUGUAUUAUUGGAAAAUAUACCAGGAAUAUAUGCAAAAAGUGUCGAUUAGUUAAAUGCUUUUCGGUGGGAAUGAAAAAAAAAAUUCAUGAAAACAUUAAUAUAUCUGAAGACAGUUCAUCGAGUGAUACAAUCACCGAUGUCUUGGAUACUGAUAUCGACACCGGAAUCGUUUCAGACAUUUAUGAGAACAAUAAGACUGUCUUCAGGAAUGUGGUGGCACUCAAUCAGUCCAUUAAAAUACAUUUGAAUCAUACUGACUCCAGGAAUACUAGUAUAGCCCACGAGCUGACACAAUACCUGUCCACACCUGUGCUCCGACCUAUCAAUACAUAUAAGGAGUUGAAUGAAAUUGAAUGCAAACAUUUGCUGGACUUGUGUUUGGCGUCCAAAGUAUUUCACUUCCCGUCGACGACUCUGAAGUACACUCACGUCACGAAUAUUAUUGAGUUUUAUCUCAGUUGGGGUAAUCGUAUCGAAAUGGACAGUCAGUGUGUUGUGAGCAUAGCCAAGGAGUUGACUAAAAAUGCCGAUAUUAGUCUCAAUGAUCAGAUUGCCCUGGUCAAAUAUAGCAGUAUGGAGAUCAGUGUGUUGAGGGCUAACUAUAAUUACGAUUUGCAGACUGAAAACUGGACCCUAUAUCUAAAUAAUGACAAUUCCGUAAUUAUACUUUUCAACCCGGACCGUCCAAAUAUAAUCAACAAGGAUGUUAUUAAGUAUCAACAAAAAAUGUAUAUCUAUUUACUGCAACGAUACUUAUCGAUGAAAUACCGGUGGGAAUGGUUGUGGAGAUACAAGAUGUCAAACCUUAUGAAUGCAUUAAUUGACGUCAAUAUAGUCGGAAGAAUUGAGAUAUUAAAUGGUGUCGAGGAUUACAUCGAGUAUUUUGGACCCGUUUCUCAAGAAAUGUUUCGCGAUAUCUAUAAAGAUUGAUGAGAUUUACCAAAUAUUUCUGACUAUAAC